AGACGCCCCCUACUGGUCAAUUCUCACUCAGCCACGGCCAGGUCCACGUCUCCACCUCAUUAUUAAAGUGGGCAGUGGUCCAGGUGUCCUUUCUAAAGGAUGGAUAAAAUUGUGGAAGUUAACCGUUUUCACUGCGGAAAAGAAAGUACAUCUGUCCAUUUUAAGGUUUUAAUUAGUUCUUUUUUACCACCCUCAAGUGUUGAAAAAAGCACAGAACAUAUUCCACUCAUUUAGUUUUAUUUUAACUCAAUCUUUGCUUAGUAUAUACUGAGUGCACCCCAAAAACCCUUGAUACACAUAAAGUGCAUAGAACACUAGGACUUAAAGGGGUGUAUUUUCUUUUCUAAUGAUGUAAAGAUUACCAGAGAACCGUGUGGUGGAACAUUUCCUCCUGUUAGGGUUUUGUGAACCAGUUCUAAUGUGGUGGACGUAACCUGAUCCAAGGAAACGACUGCCUGCUCUUCAGCAAAUCUGACAGUGAUAAUCUUCUGCUAGAUUGUAUGUGUAAGGGUUUGCCAUAGUUGUGCAUGUAAUUCCCCACCUUCCCUUUGAUACACAGGGACCAGGAGGGUGUUAUUCACACACAGCUCACAUCUUCUGAUUUUAAUCUGUUUCAGAUUCCAGGUUUCAACAGGAUGUCUGAUUGGAGGAAGUGAAGAACUGGACAGUUCUGGUGUUAGACUGGGAUAAGAGUAACCAUAUGAAGAGGUAUUGCUGCACUGCUGCCAUCCACCAUGAAUGUCUGGCUGGUCCCAGCAGAGGUGUUUUUACAGGUUCUCCCUGUUCAUGCAUAGACUCUCUCUGGAUACUCCAACUUCCUCCCACAAUCUAAAAACUGUAUGUUGGUUAACUGGCCCGUCUAGGUGUGUCCUGGGUGAACCGGGCCUCCUGGAUUAUAAAGCUGUGAUGUUCUGAUGUUCAGUAAAGGUCACAGACUGAGGAAGAACUAAUCUGAUCAUCAAACUCAGAGCAGAGAAAAGCUGUGUUCUGAUUGGCUGACAGUAGACAGGCGUGACCAGUAACCUGUCAGGAUCAACUGAGCAGGGGAAGAAGGAGCCAGAGGAGGCGCUGAGAAAGAGGAACAUGGUGUUAGCAGACCCUUAAGAUCUGAUGACCUCAUGAAGCACCAGUGAUGAUCUUAUCCUGAUUACAAACAUCUGAUCUGAAUGGAAAUGUGGCACCUGUGUUGUAGUGUUCAACGUGUUCCAGUAGAUGGCGCUGCAGCUGCACGCAGGUUCCGACUACACAAACUUCAAUACGUUUAAAUUCAUUUUCUUUUUCGGUUUCAACAUGGAAACUGUUUUGAUCUUUAACAGUGUGUGAAAUAAAAAUGUAAUCAAAAGGUUUUAAACUGAUUAAAUGUUUUCUUGGAUCUGCGUGCUGUCACCUCUGUUCUCUCUUUAGUGUCUGUCAGAAGACACAAUUUGGACAUUUUCCUGGGAUCCUAUUGGUUCCCCUGCUCAGCUUUUACAAGCUCUAAAAAUAUCCGGAGGCGUCAAGAGGACGGAGGAGCUCCAGGAGCGGGUCCUGCUCCUGUCUGGGGGGUUAGGAUUGGACCCGCCCCCUGCCCAGAGGCGGACCAAUCAGCUGCAGCCUCGGUCUCUCUGUGGGAUUGGAGGGUCCCUCUCCUCCCCGCAGAUGGAUUUGGUGAUGGUGGGGGGUCAUUCCUGGCAGUCCAGCAGAGUGACGCUGAGCUCUUUAAACCUCCAGGUCCCCUGGGCCCCAGCCUCAGUCAGUCCGGGCCACAGCCCCGCAGUCGGCGCGUCUUUCUCUGGAUCAACCCGAACUUUUCUGGGAUCCUCCCCGCGGACUUUACUUUCAGUUUGUGGACUGUCUGAUCCUGGCUCUGCCCCUAUCGCUCCUCUUAUUCUCCUCCUCUUCUCUUCGGUUCCUCCGAUAUAAAGGAGCGCAGCAUGAUGAAGAACAGCAGCUUCCUGGAGCCGCAGCAGCUCUUCUUCCACAGCCCCGCAGAUCCCGCAGAGGAAGAGGAGGAGGAGGAGGAGGAGAUGCCGGCCACCGAGAAAGACCUGGCCGAGGACGCGCCCUGGAAGAAGAUCCAGCAGAACACCUUUACCAGGUGGUGCAACGAGCACCUGAAGGUGCUCAACAAGCGGAUCGCGGAUCUACAGAAGGACCUGAGCGACGGUCUGAAGCUGAUUGGGCUGCUGGAGGUGCUGAGCCAGAAGAAGAUGUACAGGAAGUACCACCUGAGACCCAACUUUCGCCAGAUGAAGCUGGAGAACGUCUCUGUCGCGCUGGAGUUCCUGGAGAGGGAGCACAUCAAGCUGGUCUCUAUCGACUCCAAGGCCAUCGUGGAUGGGAACCUGAAGCUCAUCUUGGGUCUGAUCUGGACCCUGAUCCUGCACUACUCCAUCUCCAUGCCCAUGUGGGAGGACGAGGGCGAUGAGGACGCCAAGAAGCUGACCCCCAAGCAGCGGCUGCUGGGCUGGAUCCAGAACAAGGUGCCCCAGCUGCCCAUCACCAACUUCCACCGAGACUGGAGGGAUGGAAAAGCACUGGGAGCACUGGUGGACAACUGUGCCCCUGGUCUGUGUCCAGACUGGGAAACCUGGGAUCCCAGUCAGCCGGUGGAGAAUGCCCGGGAGGCCAUGCAGCAUGCCGACGAUUGGCUGGGAGUCCCGCAGGUGAUUGCUCCAGAGGAGAUUGUUGACCCAAAUGUGGAUGAGCACUCUGUCAUGACCUACCUGUCCCAGUUCCCCAAAGCCAAGCUGAAGCCCGGAGCACCACUGCGGGCGAAGACGCUGCAUCCAAAGAGGGCUAAAGCUUAUGGUCCAGGUGUUGAAGCUCGAGGUAACAUGGUUCUGAAACCAGCAGAGUUUCUGGUGGAGACAGUGGAGGCUGGAAUGGGGGAGGUCCUGGUCUAUGUGGAGGAUCCAGAGGGACACACCGAGGAGGCCCGAGUGAUUCCCAACAAUGACAAGAACCGAACCUAUUCUGUGGUUUACCUGCCCAAAGUGGAGGGUCUUCAUAAGGUCAAGGUGCUGUUUGCUGGGCAGGACAUAGACAGAAGCCCCUUCAUGGUAAACGUUUCCAAGGCCAUGGGGGACCCCACCAGGGUUCAGGCCCGUGGGCCAGGACUGCAGCCAAUGGGAAACGUGGCCAAUAAACCCACAUACUUUGACAUUUAUACUGCAGGGGCGGGUGCUGGGGAUGUAGGCGUCAUCAUUGUGGACUCAAACAGCCGGAGGGACACAGUGGAGAUUGUUUUGGAGAACAGAGGUGACAGUAUAUUCCGGUGCACCUAUGUGCCUGUCCUGGAAGGCCCUCAUACUAUCUAUGUGACUUUUGCUGGGCAGCAGAUUCCCAGAAGUCCUUUCACUGUCAGCAUCUCUGAAGUUUCACAGAGCGCGCCUCCUCCUGACUCUCUGGUCCAGAUUGUACCACAGUCCAUACGUUCCCCACCCUCAGAAAAGACCAGGAGAGCCCCCCCACCAACACCACCAAAACCCAGGCGACCAACCUGUAACCCAAACUCCUGCAGAGCAUCAGGCCGAGGUCUGCAGCAGAAGGGCCUGAGAGUGAAGGAAGUGGCCGAUUUCAAAGUGUACACUAAAGGAGCCGGCAGCGGAGAGCUGAAAGUCACAGUGAAGGGGCCGAAGGGCCUAGAAGAACCAGUGAAGGUGCUUGAGAUGGAAAAUGACAUUUAUGAAUGCAAUUAUUACCCCAUCACGACAGGAAAGUACAUCAUAACCAUUACAUGGGGAGGACACAGCAUCCCCCGCAGCCCAUUUGAGGUACAUGUCAGUGAGGAGGCAGGACCUCAGAAGGUCAGGGCCUUGGGUCCAGGUCUGGAGACUGGUAUGGUGGGGAAGAGCGCAGACUUUGUGGUGGAGGCCAUCGGCACAGAAGUGGGAACUCUUGGUUUCUCCAUCGAGGGCCCCUCUCAGGCUAAAAUCGAGUGUGAUGAUAAAGGCGAUGGAUCCUGUGAUGUCCGAUACUGGCCCACUGAACCAGGCGACUAUGCUGUCCACAUCAUAUGUGAUGAUGAGGACAUCAAGGACAGUCCCUUCAUGGCUCACAUCCUCCCUGCAGCCAUUGAUGUGUUUCCUGAGAAGGUGAAAUGUUAUGGCCCUGGUCUGGAGCCUCUGGGUUGCAUCGUCAACAAACCAGCUGACUUUACCAUCGACAGCAGUGUAGCUGGAAGAGGAGAGCUGAGGCUCUACGCUCAGGAUGCAGACGGUUUCCCUAUUGACAUCCAGAUUACAGAUAAUGGAGACUGCACCUACUUCUGUGUCUACAUUCCCACCAAACCCAUCAAGCACACAGUCAUCAUCACCUGGGGUGAAGUCAAUGUUCCCAACAGCCCCUUCAGGGUGAUAAUUGGAGAGGGCAGCCAUCCAGAGAACGUGAAGGUUUACGGUCCAGGUGUGGAGAAGACUGGCCUGAAGGCCAAUGAGCCAACAUACUUCACUGUAGACUGCAGUGAGGCUGGACAAGGCGACGUCAGCAUCGGGAUCAAGUGUGCUCCUGGUGUGGUCGGACCAGCGGAGGCGGACAUUGACUUUGACAUCAUCAAGAAUGACAAUGACACGUUCACAGUGAAGUACAUGCCUCCGGGUUCGGGUCAAUACACCAUCAUGGUGUUGUUUGCUGAUCAGGAAAUCCCCAUCAGCCCUUUCAGAAUAAAGGUGGAUCCUUCCCACGAUGCAGCUAAAGUCAGAGCUGAAGGACCUGGACUCAACAGGACUGGUGUUGAGGUUGGAAAGCCCACCCACUUCACCAUUUACACGAAGGGAGCCGGUAAAGCCAAACCAGAGGUUCAUUUUAUUGGAGUGGCUAAAGCUGAAGCUGUCCGAGACUUUGAGAUCAUCGACAACCAUGACUACUCGUACACGGUCCGCUACACCGUGGUGCAGCAGGGGAACAUGUCCAUCACUGUGUGCCAUGGAGGAGACCCCAUCCCUAAAAGUCCAUUCAGCAUCACCGUGGCCCCCCCUCUCGACCUCAGCAAGGUUAAAGUUCAGGGACUCAACAACAAGGUGGAUGUAGGAAAGGAUCAGGACUUCUCCAUCACUACUCGAAGAGCCGGAGGUCAGGGUAAAUUGGAUGUGAUGAUCACCUCUCCAUCACGUCAUCCAGUCCCCAUCAAGCUGGAGUCUGGCACAGCCAAUGAGGUUCACACGGUGAAGUACAUCCCACCCGAGGAAGGAUUGUACAGAAUGGACAUCAGCUAUGAUGGGAACCCCAUCCCAGGAAGUCCAUUCACGGUGGAGGGCAUCAUGCCCCCUGAUCCUUCAAAGGUCCAAGCCUACGGUCCUGGUCUUCAGGGUGGUUUGGUGGGUAAACCUGCUCCAUUUGCCAUCAACACUAAGGGAGCUGGAACCGGUGGUCUUGGCCUGACAGUGGAAGGUCCAUGUGAGGCCAAGAUUGAAUGCCAGGACAAUGGUGAUGGAUCCUGUUCUGUGUCCUAUCUGCCCACCGAGCCUGGAGAAUACGCCAUCAACAUCCUGUUUGCAGACCAGCAUGUCCCCGGGUCCCCCUUCAAGGCCGUGGUCCAGUCUGUGUUCGACCCCAGCAAGGUGAUGGCCAGCGGCCCCGGCUUGGAGUGGGGAAAGGUCAAUGAGACUGGAUCCUUUAUAGUGGACAGCUCCAAGGCCGGUGAAGCUGAACUCACCAUCGAGAUCAUAUCAGACAAUGGAUCCAAAGCAGAGGUUCAUGUUCAGAACAACAGUGACGGGACAUACUCCAUCACCUACAUCCCUCAGUGCCCAGGCAUGUACACCAUCACCAUCAAAUAUGGAGGACACAUGGUCCCAAAGUUCCCAGUCCAUCUACAGGUGGAUCCAGCUGUCGACACUAGUGGGGUGAAGGUGUAUGGACCAGGAGUGGAACCAAGAGGCAUCCUCAGGGAGGUAACAACCCAUUUCAUGGUUGAUACUCGAGCUCACCAUACAAGUGGAGGCAGUCCAAUUAAAGUCCAUGUCUCCAACCCGUCUGGUACCAACACGGACGCCUACGUCUCGGAUCAGGGAGACGGGACCUACAGAGUGGAGUACACGCCCUACGAAGAUGGUUUGCACUUGAUUGAAGUUCUAUUAGAUAAUGUCUCAGUGCCAAAGAGUCCCUUCAGGGUGUCGGUUACAGAGGGCUGUGAUCCCAGUCGAGUCCGGGCCUUUGGUCCUGGUCUAGAGGAAGGACUUGUGAACAAAUCGAACAGCUUCACUGUUGAAACCAGGGGUGCAGGCACUGGAGGACUGGGUCUGGCCAUUGAAGGUCCGUCAGAAGCAAAGAUGUCAUGUCAGGACAACAAAGAUGGCAGCUGCAGUGUGGACUACAUCCCAUUCACUCCUGGAGAAUAUGAUGUGAACAUCUCCUUUGGAGGCCUUCCUAUCCUAGGAAGCCCGUUUCAUGUCCCAGUCCAGCAGGUGGUUGAUCCCAGUAAGGUGAGGUGUUCUGGUCCUGGUCUUGGAGGAGGAGUCCGAGCUCAUGUUCCUCAGACCUUCACUGUAGACAGUAGCAAGGCAGGAGUGGCUCCACUGGAGGUCCAGAUCUAUGGACCAGCAGGUGUGACCGAGCCAGUGAGCGUCACAGACAACGGAGACGGCACUCAUACGGUUAACUACACGCCAGCAAGUGAUGGCCCGUACACGGUGUGCGUGAAAUAUGCCGACCAGGAGGUCCCUCGAAGUCCGUUUAAGAUCAAAACCUUACCGGCUCAUGAUGCCAGUAAAGUCCGAGCCAGAGGUCCUGGCCUCAACGCCUCUGGGGUCCCUGCCAGUCUGCCAGUGGAGUUCACCAUCGAUGCUAGGGAUGCUGGAGAAGGACUCCUCACUGUCCAGAUCCUGGAUCAGGACAGGUGCAGGCGUGAGGCCUCGGUGUUUGUGGAGGACUGGGGCAGGAGGGUGUGGCAGACUCAUAUAGUAAAGAAAACCAUUCCCUUCAGUAUUCUGAAGAGAGGCUGCGACCCAGAGGGAAAACCCAAGAAGGCUACCAUCCGGGACAACAGGGACGGGACGUACACGGUGUCCUACGUACCGGACAUUGCAGGACGCUACACUAUCACCAUCAAAUAUGGAGGAGACGAGAUCCCGUACUCGCCCUACAGGAUCCACGCUGUGCCCACCGGGGAUGCCAGCAAGUGUUUGGUCACAGUUUCCAUUGGAGGACAUGGGCUGGGUUCGGGUGUUGGCCAGACCAUCCAGAUUGGAAAAGAGACUGUCAUCACAGUGGAUGCAAAGGCUGCUGGGAAAGGUAAAGUCACCUGUAAGGUGUCAACGCCGGACGGGGCGGAGCUGGACGUGGAUGUGGUGGAAAACGCAGACGGAACGUUUGAUAUUUACUACACGGCUCCAGAGCCCGGCCAGUACAUCAUCACCAUCCGGUUCGGAGGGGAGCAUAUUCCCAACAGCCCCUUCCAUGUUUUGGCGAGUGACACCGUCCCAAUAAUCGAGGAACCAUGUGACAAAGUCCAGUCACAGCAGCCCAAUGUGGGCCUCUCCCCUCACUGGGCAACAGAUGAUCCCAUCAGUCCUGCAGAUGGUAUGGAGCCGGUGCUGCGUCCCUUCAGUCUGGUUAUUCCCUUCACUGUACAGAAAGGAGAAAUUACAGGUGAAGUACGAAUGCCGUCGGGUCAAACGGCCUGUCCCAACAUCACUGACAACAAGGACGGGACGGUGACUGUGAAAUACUCCCCAACUGAACGAGGACUACACGAGAUGGACAUCAAAUAUGAUGGAAACCACAUCCCAGGAAGUCCAAUCCAGUUCUUUGUGGACGCUAUCAACAGUGGCCAUGUAACUGCAUACGGCCCUGGUCUGAGCCACGGCACUGUGAACAGACCAGCCACAUUCACCAUCGUCACCAAAGAUGCUGGUGAAGGAGGUUUGUCUUUGGCUGUUGAAGGUCCAUCCAAAGCAGAGAUCAGCUGCACAGACAACAAAGAUGGGACAUGCACGGUGUCCUACCUGCCCACCGCUCCUGGAGACUACAGCAUCAUUGUCAAAUUUGAUGACAAGAACAUCCCAGGAAGUCCGUUUAUGGCAAAGAUCACCGGAGAUGAAUCCAUGAGGACAUCACAGCUCAACGUUGGCACUGCAUCAGAGGUUUCCUUAAAGAUCACAGAGACGGACCUGAGCAGCCUGAUGGCAACCAUCAGAGCACCAUCAGGUCAUGAAGAACCGUGUCUCCUGAAGAGGCUCCCCAACAGACACAUCGGAAUCUCCUUCACUCCAAAGGAAGUGGGCGAACAUGUUGUGAGUGUGAAGAAAAGUGGGAAACAUGUGACUAACAGUCCAUUUAAGAUCAUGGUGGGCCAGUCUGAGAUUGGAGAUGCCAGCAGGGUGAUGGUUUAUGGACAGGGGCUGGUGGAGGUACACACCUUUGAGGUUGCUGAGUUCAUUGUGGACACCAGGAAUGCAGGCUACGGAGGUCUGGGUCUGUCCAUUGAAGGUCCCAGUAAAGUGGACAUUAACUGUGAGGAUGUGGAGGAUGGGACAUGUAAGGUUACCUACUGCCCUACAGAACCUGGAAACUACAUUAUCAACAUUAAGUUUGCUGACCAACAUGUUCCAGGAAGUCCAUUCACCGUUAAAACAUUUGGCGAAGGCCGGAUGAAGGAGAGCAUCACCAGGAAGCGCCAGGCCCCCUCCAUCGCCACAAUAGGCAGCACCUGUGACCUCAACCUGAAAAUACCAGGAAACUGGUUUCAAAUGGUUUCAGCUCAGGAACGUCUGACCCGGACGUUCACCCGCAGUAGCCACACCUACACUCGGACUGAACGGACCGAGAUCAGCAAAACCCAAGCCGGAGAGACCAAACGAGAGGUCCGGGUAGAGGAGAGCACACAGGUUGGAGGAGAUCCUUUCAGAGAUGUGUUUGGAGAUUUUCUGGGACGAGAGAGUCUGAGCGGGUUCAGUGGGAUGCCAGCGGGAAGCCGACCACAACUGCAGGACGGUGAGGCAGGGAACCAGGAGAUGACAGCUCAGGUGACGAGUCCUGGCGGGAAGACAGAGGGUGCAGAGAUCAUCAAAGGAGAGGAUAGCACCUACAGCGUCCGCUUCGUCCCUCAGGAAAUGGGACCUCACAUUGUCAAUGUUAAAUACCGGAGCCAACAUGUCCCUGGGAGCCCCUUCCAGUUCACUGUGGGGCCCCUGGGGGAGGGAGGGGCCCACAAGGUCCGAGCAGGAGGAACCGGACUGGACCGUGGAGUGGCAGGGCUACCCGCUGAGUUCAGUAUCUGGACCAGGGAAGCUGGAGCUGGAGGUCUUUCAAUCGCUGUGGAAGGACCCAGCAAAGCUGAGAUCACCUUUGAAGACCAGAAGGACGGUUCCUGUGGAGUCUCAUACGUGGUCCAGGAGCCUGGUGAUUAUGAGGUUUCGAUCAAGUUUAAUGAGGAGCACAUCCCAGACUCUCCUUUUAUUGUUCCGGUUGCAAGCCUGUCGGAUGACGCCCGCCACCUCACCAUCACCAGCCUGCAGGAGAUGGGACUGAAGGUGGGUCAGGAAGCCUCCUUUGCUGUUCAGCUGAAUGGAGCCAGGGGCCUCAUAGAUGCUAAGAUCCACACUCCAUCAGGGGCCACAGAGGAAUGCCACAUCACAGAGCUGGACAGUGAUCAGCACGCCAUCAGGUUCAUCCCGAAGGAGAACGGUGUUCACUCCAUAGAUGUACGCUUCAAUGGCAGCCAUGUCCCUGGCAGUCCUUUCAAGAUCUGCGUGGGAGAACCAGGACAGGUUGGAGAUCCAGGACUUGUGUCUGCCUUUGGACCAGGGCUGGAAGGAGGAACCACAGGUGUAGCAUCAGAGUUUAUGGUCAACACUUGCAAUGCUGGUUCUGGAGCUCUAUCUGUGACGAUUGAUGGGCCAUCAAAGGUCAAGAUGGACUGUCAGGAGUGUCCUGAGGGCUACAAAGUGGCUUACACCCCCAUGGCUCCAGGGAGUUACCUGAUCUCCAUUAAAUAUGGAGGACCGCAGCACAUCGUAGGCAGCCCCUUCAAAGCUAAAGUGUCAGGACCUCGCCUGUCAGGAGGUCACAAUCUCCAUGAGAUGUCAUCUGUUCUCGUAGAAACUGUCACCAAGACGUCGGCGAUGGGCGGGGCCUUCGCUUCCUUCCCCAAAUUCUCCUCAGAUGCCAGUAAAGUCAUUUCCCGUGGCGCCGGCCUGUCUAAAGCUUUCAUCGGUCAGAAGAACACGUUCACGGUGGACUGCAGCAAAGCAGGCACCAACAUGUUGAUGGUCGGUGUCCACGGGCCAAAGAUCCCCUGUGAGGAAGUCUACGUCAAGCACAUGGGCAACAGGAUGUACAACGUGACGUACACCGUGAAGGAACAGGGCAGCUACAUCCUCAUCGUGAAGUGGGGGGAUGAGAACAUACCUGGAAGUCCUUUCCACGUCACCGUUCCUUAAAAAAACUCUGCAUUUUCACACAGUAACUCCUCGUCCUCCACGAUGCACUGAAGACUUUUCUACAUAGAGGAAGAAACAUUUCCUUCUGUUUUCUGCUGACUUCUUGUUCUACAACAAAUGUUACGUCAUCUACAACCUUUGGUAUCAGUUCACAAUAUGCAAUGUGAUAGCCUUGUAUGCUGAUGACUGUUACACCUCUGAAGAGCACAAUCUAAUCUGCUUGAACAGCUGCUGGGGAGGUGAUCCAGGAUGUAUAAUGUUCAAACACUCCAUACUUCUGCAGGAACAUUGGCAGAAUUUCUCAUGUUUGCUGUUUGCAGCAGGAAUCUUGAUCAACAGGUCCAUCCCUACAGGUCCAUCACCCUGCAGAGAUGGAUCCGCUGAGACGGAGCUCAUAUGUGCUUUUCUUUUAUCAAAACUGAACAAAUCUCACAAGGUACACAAAUGAAAUUGUACCAAAAAGCUUAAACCUGCCUUUUCCUGAGAACCUUGCAGGUUGGCUUCUUCUGCAGCUUUCUGUGCAGAUGAAGCUAAAAAGUGCUUUCAUAGUAUUUGUUUGCAUGUAAAGUGUUUCCAUUUCUACAAAGGCUACAUGCCAAUGCUGAGGUUGGUUGGAGAUCAUGUUCAAAUUGUCAGAAAUCGCAACUCUGAGGCCACAUGGAGCAGAUUUUAUGAAGAAGGUGAGAAUCCAUCUGUGGUUCAGUUCUGUCCUGAUCUUAACAUCAGCCAAGGAACGCUAAUCUCUUCUCUCCAUGUUCAUUGUUUGCAUUCUGCAAAUCUGGAAGUUCUGGAUGCAGGAGGCUUUUCAUCCAUCUUCUAUCCACUGAAGGAAGUCCCUCCAGGUCAAUGAGAUCCUGGAUCCAAGCAGCUGAAGUAAGCUUCUUCUGUAGGGUGUCUGGACUCUGAAACUGCUGCUCAUCCAUAUCUAAAAGAGUCAGCUGAGUUGGUUCAUCUGAUCAGGAGGCCUCCUGGACUCAUCUUUUCCCUUAGGGACAGAUCCAGACCUCUCCAGAGGUCUCCUGGUCGUAGAACUUGGUAUGGUCCUUCAGAAGAAGAUGGAGACUGUCACUGAGGGAUAUGAUGGAUGGAUGGAGCUCUCUGUCCUUCAGAGGAACAUCUGUGAUAAAGCUAAACGAUGGGUUAAGUUCCCACCUUAAUGAGUGAGAACAUCAGUGGAAGGUCUCCCCUGUUAACAUCUGAGCUUGGCUUCUAAAACCUUCAGUGGACCUGAGAAUGAAGUAGCAGCAGUGAAUCCCACAGGUUGAUUAGAAUUUCCUGGAUGCUGCAACAAUUCAGUUUCCUUAUUUGCAGAGCUAACACAGAAAGGAACCAUCCUUCAGGAACCAGCCCGGUUCCUCCACUGAAAGCUGUUUGGUCACAAUUCAGUCUGUAUCACAAAAAAGCCUGGGAGAGGGUCAAGAUCUUUUUGCACUCCUUACAUAACUUACCUGAUUAUUACCUGUGGAAAGGGAGGAAGAAAUGGGUCUGAACUCACCUUUAAACCGUUUCAGCAACAAUUCUCACUCAGCAGACACCUUUGGAUCUUUCUUUUACAUGAAGCUGUAGAUUUCAAGAUGUUUGAGUUCUGCUGCAUCAAACUGUGCAGUGACUUUUUAUUUAUUCUCUCUUUGAUUUUCUUUGACAGAAAUGGUCUUACUGAUGAGAGGAGCUGAGUCUGAUCCAGUUACAUGUUGUCUUGUGAAAUGAUGAAACAGGAGGUUUUAUGCAGAAGUUGCAGAAACACUUUAUUAGAAAGACAUGUUGUAGUUGUGUAUGUAUCCAAGUGAAUGAGUGAAACUUUCAGUAUGGCAACAUUGUGCAGGCAUAAUAAAAACUUUCUUUGCAACCUC